AUGGCAUUCAACACUCCUCCUUCGCAAUCUGAAUAUAUCAGUAUUAAUAAUUUCAAUCAAUUUCCCGUGGAUUUGCGAGAGCCGCAGCAACAGCAACUACCAGCGAGCCCCCCACCGUUCAAUUCUCCAUUAGUCUAUGACAAUAACGGUCCUUCUUCGUCUGGAAGCAGUAGUGGCAGUAGUUUGGAUUUUGACACAUUGAAAUACAAGAAUGACAUUUCCAAAUCAUUCGAGGAUGAUUUGUUCUACUGUCCAAGAUCUUUACUGUCCGAACAGGAGCAGUUGAACUGUGAAAAAGUGGAUCUAUACAUGGCAAAACAGCUGAGAGAAUAUCAGCUGGCUCUGCAACAGCAUUCUCUGCAUUCAUCAUCGCCAAAUUCAAGCCUCGCCAGGCCCAAAUUCAAUCCGUAUACGUCUCAAAGUUUUAGCCCCGCUCCCAGUAAUGGCGCGAUCAGGUGA